AUGUCUAAAACACCAACAAAAACUCCGGAGUCUUGUCAACAAUUUUAUCCUAAAGAUUUGUUGUCCCCCAAUAAAGAUUCAACAGGAUUGGCAAAAACUAUUUUUACCCAUAUAACUAACAUACAUAGUUUCUUAAAUAAAUGGAUCAAAGUAUGUGAAAAGGGCACUAAAAUUGUUAAGUCAAUAUCUGCACUUAGAUUAUAUGAGUAUAAUUCUGAUUUUUAUCCCCAUCAAUUAACCACCCUUACACAAGAUCUUUUAGAAGCUUCAAGUGCUUUAAGAGAUGUAGUAGAAGGCGUACAGAUAUUAAAUGAUCAAUUGCAAGUUCUGGCCAAAUUACAACCAACAGAUUUGCCUAUUAUAAACACUUGGUCAGCAUCUCAUAUAUCAAGCCAAGUUUCUACAUUAUAUUUAUCAAUGGAAAAAGAAUAUAGACUGAAAAAAGUGAUAACAGAAAAUAUUGCACAUUGUAGAGAUGAAAAUUUAAUAGAAGUGUAUGCCAGUGCAUGGGAGUUUAGUGUAUAUUUAAAUAUGGAAUCAAAUUCAUAUUUGUUUGCAGAAGUUGGUUUAAGUGGAAUAAUAUAG